GAGCUAUGGAGGCUGUCCAGACCCUCUUUGUCAACCUUCUCUAUCUCUAUAUCUCUGCUGUAUAAUAGAUAUAUAUAUAUAAAUAGAUCUCCCUUCGCUUCUUCUUCAAAGCCAUAGCUCUGACUUCUGAGUUUUGACAGAUUCUAUAAUUAAUAAUGAGUGGUUUCGCCACCGCCGGUGAUCUGGAUGCUGUAGUUGGAGGAUACUCCGACGGCUUCUCCAUAGCGGCCGCUGCCGCCUCCAUGAACGACUCACAAACGAGCUUUGCACCUCUAGACGUAUACCGAGAUGGCUUUGUUCCAAGCAGCUUUCCUGAUGAUUUAUUUGAAACAUCCACAGUUUUUGAUGAACUAGGGCAAGUUUACCGGCCCUUCUACCCCAUGUUUAAACCCAUAUCGCCAGAAACGAUUCUUUCUCCGUCGUCGGGAAAUGGGAGUGCUAUUACUGGGUCUCCUCCGGCUCCGGCUGCCGCUGUAGCUACCGUUCGUGAUUCCAAGUACAAGAAGAGGAAGAAUCAUCAGAAAAGAGUGGUGAUCAAUGUCACAGCUCCAGAUCUUUCCUCCGAUGUGUGGGCUUGGCGAAAAUAUGGCCAGAAACCCAUCAAAGGAUCUCCUUAUCCUCGGAGCUAUUACAGGUGCAGCAGCUCAAAGGGGUGUCCAGCAAGGAAACAAGUGGAGAGGAGUCUCUCCAACCCAGAAAUGUUCGUCGUGACCUACACGGCGGAGCACUGCCACGCGCAGCCAACUCGCAAGAACUCCCUUGCCGGCACCACCCGGCAAAAGUUCUCUUCCUCUAAAACCCCCGCCGCCCCGGCCGCCGCCGGAGAUCUGAGCCCCCCAGAACAGCCCAAAGUCGUCGACUCCUGCAAUUCCUCCCCAACGACUUCAUUCUCAGCCCCAUCUCCUCCCGGCACAACCACAGAAGAAGCUCAGCAACAAAUGGCCGUGGCGCCGAUCGAGAACGACGAACUCUUCGUCUUCGAUAUGAUAUUGAACGAUGACUGGCUGCCGGGCUUCGAUGAACUCGAUAGAUUGACCUCUGGCUUGGCUUUUAACGGUGAUCUGCAAGAGCAGUGUCCUAUGAGCUUCCCUUGCUUCUGAUUUCUGACAGAGAAUCACAGAGCUUGAAGAUUCAACCUUGCUAGAAUUUCACUUCAAGCAAGCUGAUCUUGUUUAUGAAUACAGCGCCAGCUUCUUCAUUAUUUAUGUACAUUUAGUUCCAUAUAUAGAAGUAAUAAUGUUCUUGGCUUA